AUGCUAUAUGCUAUAAUUUUCCUGUUAUCAUUUGCCGGAUUACCAUCAUUCCUGAAUGCAAUCUGUACUACCAGUCAUGUUACGGUAACAGGACAGUUAGGUUGUGGUGAACGAGCAUUAAAAAAUGUAAUUGUUGAGUUACGUGAACAUGAUACACUUGACCCAGAUGAUUCAUUGAAUAAAACUAAAAGUGAUAACAAAGGAUAUUUUACGGUUUAUGGUGAGGAAUGUGAAGUUGGUAGUAUUGAGCCAUAUUUGAGAAUUAUUCACAACUGCGAAGAUGGAAUACUUUCUGAGAAUUGUAUCAUUACGGACGAUUUUCCAAUUCCAAAUGAUCAAAUUGGUAAAAUUUAUAAAAUGGGAAUUGUUAGUUUAAAUAUUGCACGAAUGAAUCACAAGAAAAAUUGUCAUUGA